CUAACGCAGGAACCGCGGAGACCGCGAAGGACUCUCUCGCUCUCCGUAAUCCUUGGCAUCUGCCCCUAACAAAAAUGGCCGCACACUAGCCCACAGCGCCCUUAACCGGGAUCAAAUUCUAGACAAACUUUCACUUUGGGGUUAGUGUUGACUGGAGAUGGUACCGGUUCAGAAGACUGUGGGGCGAAUCAACCUCGACUGCUCUCUGUGGACUGGUUGCUCGAUGAGGGUCGCUGCUGUCCCUAAACUCUGCAAGGAAUUUCAUCCAGCGAACUACGGAGAAGAGGACGUAGUGGAUUUUCUUCCUCAGCUCCUGGAGAGUGAGCUCCAGGGCCUGCACUGGAUCCAUGUGGAUUGGAGCAGCAGGCAGCUGCAACUGUGGCACCACAGUUACCUGCUGGACCAUUUCCCUGAUGAAGGAAACACGGCUAGACAGAGUGACAGGGGCAAGGGGACCGAGGGACUGGGCAACUACUGUGGUCUUUGAAAGUCCUUUCUUUACCUUCCCUAAGGGUCUGAGCACUGCCCUCAAAGUCCAUCUGCCUCCCCAUCCUUCUGUAGUGUGUCAGACAUCCUGCUGCAGGUAAACAUGCCCCAGAAGCUCGUGGUGACCGAAGAGGAAGCCAACUGCCUGGCUAGCUCUACAGAGCUAUUGACUGAGGAGGAGCGCAUGAAACAGAAAGCAGAGAAGAUAUGAUGAAAGAAGAAGCAUCAAAAGGAAAGAAAACAACAGGAGUGCUUGGAACAGGACAAUGGGGAGCCCAAGACCACGAUUACCCCAGAGAGGAUGACAGCACCCCCAGCCAACCCUGGAAACCUGGCUCAGGGACUGUGUGGUGAGGAAGAAGACUUACUGUAUCUAUCUAGCAGUUUUGUGUCUCUGGCUUUAUGCAAGGUUGGGGAUUGGCUUCCAAGUACCCACAGAGAGAAGGGACCAAAUCAGAAGCCCCAGGGCCUCCAGGAGAAGAUGGGCCCAAAAGAAAGGAACCCCUCAAGAGAGGAGAGCCCUAGGCAAAGUCCAAAGGCACAGGCAUCUGCAGGACUGCUGGCAGCUGCCAUACAGUGGAGCCAGGAACUGGCAAAGUUUGGUACUAGCUUUGCUCAAAAUGAUUUCUACCAUGAGGCUAUUCUUUUCACCCAGGCCUUACAGCUCAACCCCCAGGACCACCAGUUAUUUGGAAAUCGCUCCUACUGCCAUGAGUGGUUGGAUCAGUCAGCAUGGGCCCUAGUGGCCCUUACCCUUCAACUUGGGUGGCCCCGGGGCCUCUUCUGUCUGGGCAAGGCCUUGAUGGGGCUGCAGCGCUUUGGAGAUGCAGCUGCUGUGUUCCAGGAGAUUCUGGGGGGUGUGUACCAGCCAGAUUCAGCCCGGGAACUCCACUCUUGCCUACUCCAACUUGCUUUGCAGGAUCAACAAGGAAGAAUCCAUGUGCCACCUUGAUCAACUGGAGUCCUCCAGUCACUUCCGCAUGUUGAGACAGGAGACGCAGACCUGUUAUCCUUUGGUCAGAGCAGGUCUUCGGAGCCUGGGCCUUCUGUCUCCACUCACGUCAUGUAUUCUCCCACAUAUCACCUGAGCCAGCCCGCCUUAUCUUUCCCCAGACUCAGAUUACAAGACCCCACCCUCUUCAUCUCCAGGAUCCCUCAAAGAGCUGGGGGAUCCCAUGUCUUGGAUGCCAGCAUCUGCCUCAGCCCAGAUGAGAGAGGCAUUUUGUUGUUGUUGGUGGUGGUGGUGGUUUGUUUUUUUUUUGUG